AUUAUUCGAAAUAUUCAGGCAAAACAUAGUUGAGGCAAAAAAAAAAAGAUCAAAUUUUUUUUUUAUGUUCUAGAAAUCUAAUUGAAACAUUUGAGAGAGAAAAAAUAAGAUUAAAAAAAAAAAACAGGAAGAGAAAAAAAAAAAGGAGAGAGGAAAGAACAUGGUAAGAUUGAUGGCUAACGUCCAGCAAAGGUAUGGUAUUACAGAACCUAUCUCUUUGGGAGGACCAACGGAGCUUGAUGUGGUCAAGACACGAGAGCUCGAGAAGUACUUGCAAGAUGUUGGAUUGUACGAGGGGAAGGAGGAAGCUGUUAGAAGAGAGGAGGUUCUCGGGAGACUAGACCAGAUUGUAAAAAUAUGGAUUAAGACGAUCAGCCGCGCCAAAGGGUUGAAUGAUCAGCUGCUUCAUGAGGCCAAUGCAGAGAUAUUUACUUUCGGUUCUUAUCGUCUAGGGGUACAUGGACCUGGUGCUGAUAUAGACACUUUAUGUGUGGGGCCUAGACAUGCAACUAGAGAAGGUGAUUUCUUUGGUGAGCUACAAAGGAUGCUGUCCGAAAUGCCUGAAGUAACAGAGCUGCACCCUGUUCCUGAUGCUCACGUUCCCUUGAUGGGAUUCAAACUUAAUGGAAUUUCUAUAGAUCUCCUCUACGCACAACUUCCACUCUGGGUUAUACCUAAGGAUUUAGAUAUAUCACAGGAUUCCAUUCUACAGAAUGCUGAUGAGCAAACUGUUCGAAGCCUCAACGGUUGUAGAGUCACUGACCAGAUCUUGCGUUUGGUUCCUAACAUUGAGAAUUUUAGGACAGCAUUAAGAUGCAUGAGGUUUUGGGCCAAGCGACGUGGAGUAUACUCUAAUGUCUCUGGAUUCCUUGGUGGUAUAAACUGGGCGUUGCUUGUAGCUCGGAUAUGUCAACUUUAUCCUAACGCACUCCCAAAUAUGUUAGCGUCUCGGUUCUUCAGGGUCUACACUCAAUGGCGUUGGCCAAACCCUGUCCUUCUCUGUUCUAUUGAUGGAGGAUCCUUCGGUCUUCAAGUUUGGGAUCCUAGAAGAAACCCAAAAGACAGGUUACACAUCAUGCCCAUCAUUACUCCCGCUUAUCCUUGUAUGAACUCCAGUUAUAACGUCUCUGCAAGUACGUUGAGGAUUAUGACAGGAGAGUUUCAGAGAGGCAAAGAUAUAUGUGAGGCUAUGGAAGCAAACAAAGCUGACUGGGAUACCCUUUUUGAGCCAUUUGCAUUCUUUGAAGCUUAUAAAAACUAUCUUCAGAUCGACAUCUCUGCUGCAAAUGUUGAUGAUCUAAGGAAAUGGAAAGGCUGGGUUGAGUCACGUCUCAGACAGCUCACACUGAAGAUUGAGAGACAUACUUAUGACAUGCUGCAAUGCCACCCUCAUACACACGACUAUCAAGACGCAUCCAGACCACUCCAUUGCUCUUACUUCAUGGGUCUGCAGCGUAAACAAGGAGUUCCAGCAGCAGAAGGCGAACAAUUCGACAUCAGAAGAACCGUUGAUGAGUUUAAACACACUGUUAACAGUUACACGCUGUGGAUUCCCGGGAUGGAGAUUAGUGUCAGCCAUAUAAAGCGAAGGAGCAUUCCGAGCUUCGUGUUUCCUGGUGGAGUUAGACCUUCACAUGCCUCUAAAGGAACAUGGGACAGCAAACGCCGUUCAGAGAACAGGAUUGCUUCUACAGCGAGUGCAGCUACUACCAAUACUAAUGAAGCGAGCUCUGAAAGUAAAGGUGGUUCUAGCAGUUCAGGAGAUGGGAAGAUGAGGAAGCGGGGAGACGAUGAGACGCUCACCGAUCAGUUAAGGAACUCUAAACGCGUUGGAGUUGCAGUGCCUGUAGAGAAUGGUGAAGGCGGGAGCCCGGAUCCAUCUGUUGGAUCCGUUUGCUCUAGUCCUCUGAAAGAUUGUUUGACAGACGCUAAAUCUGAUCCUAUCAGUAAGGAUCCACCAGAGAAUGUUGUUCUUUUCAGCAAGGAUACACCAGAGAGCCCUCCAUUAGAGAAGAUAGCCACUCUUCAAGCUCAGAGUCAAGAAACGGAGGAGCUUGAAGACAGUUUUGAUUUUGGAAACCAAGUGAUUGAGCAGAUUUCAAAUAAGGAUACAAUCUUGGCGGCUAGUGGAACUAUACCUCCAUUCGAGGCCACUACUUCAAAUGGCUCACCAUUCUCCAACGGAGCAGUGGAAGAACUCGAGGUUCUACCAAUGGGACAUCCCGAGGUGACGCAUAGAGCUUUAGUGCAACAGCGCAAACCGAUAAUCAAAUUGAACUUCACGUCUCUAGGCAAAACCGACGGCAAGUAAUAAUGGUGUUUCCUUACAUUGCCAAGGAUCUCAGAGCUUAAGUUGAAGGCUUCUUCCUACUUUAUGUAAAAGAAGAUUUUUUAUAUUUAUAUGCUUUUCUUAGAUGUUAAAAGCAAUUCCUAAAUACUUAGCUCGAUGUAACACUCGUUUGGAUAAGAAUCUGAAGAUUUUUUUAUGCAGCGUUUAUGUCCAUGGACAUACUAUUAUAGUAUUUGGUUUUGGCCAAUAAUCA